AUGAAACGUCAUACGGAUACUUUCAAAAUGGAGAGCACAUCGCAAAAUUCACCAACUUGGAAUCUAACUGUGGAAAACAGCAAACUCUAUCUUUGUAUUAAGGAAAAGAAAGCUGUUGAUGACAACGGAGAAGCCCUAGUUGUGGAACAAAUAGGCCAUGGUAGAUCUUCUAAGGAAAUAUGGAUAAAAUUUGAAAAUGCCAAAGUAGGGAGAAACCUACCAGUUAUCACUUUUAAAACAACUAGCCCUUUCAAUAGUGAAAAAAACUUGGAUGGAACUUAUAUUUGUGUGGCAGAUUUAAUAACAAAUGUCAUGCAAAUAUGUCCUUGGGUGACCCUAUAUAAGAGAAAAAGAUCAAAUGGCAGUUCGGAUAAGGACAACAGCAACAAGAAGAAGAAGAGAGAACAAAUACCAGUGGACCUGGAUAUUAGCAAUGUCGAAUAUGACAUGGGAAAUUUAAAUCCUGUCAUGUUUAAAGAACAUUUCAUAGGUCAGUUUGAAGUCAAUGUGCUUACACUGACAGAACCACCCAAGGAGUACAUGGCAAGGAGAGUCAAUAACGAAUGGGUACAGAUAAUAAAAGACAAAAUUCUACAGCAACCACAUCUGAUUUCAACUAUUUUGCCUGUUUUGGUUGAUCCAUGUCAGGUGAAAGAAGUACAGGAAUUCAAGUGUGAAAGUAUAUCAAGCUAUACCUUGUGGACCAUUGGGGGAAACCAUCUCAGAAGUGCUUUACAAGAAAUAGCUAAAGAAGCUACAUUAAAUGAUUUAAGGAAUGUCCACAUACGACUCUAUUGUGGACUUAAAGAAGAGCAAGCCUUGCAGUUGGGAAAUUUACACAAUGGUUCACAACAAGCUCUAAAACCAACAUUCCAGGACUGUGUAAAUCAAGCUCUUAAAUUUAAACUAAGGAGUCCGGAGAGUGUGUCAACACAGGUUACACAGAUGCUGAGAGAUGUUGAGAUGAGGGAUGUGCCCAAAGAAAGUGUUGGCACAAUAUGCAGUAUUUUGAAAUAUUCUGAAGAAAACUUGAAAAUGGUCCAAAAAAUAUUCACCCAAUUUGCACAGAAGUCAGGUUCAAUGAAGAGCAUACCACAGACUUUGUUUAGAGAGCUGCAAGGCAUUACUGAUGCAAACAGGACUUCAUUUCUAACCCACAGUUAUAACCAUGGAUUACAAAAAGGGGCAGUGGAGGUUAAAAAUGCCAAAAAAAGAAACAAACUGCAACAGUGCUUUAUGAUGAUAGCUGGUAUCAAUGACCUUGAUAUAUGCAAAAGGCUGUACCCAGAUGGUAUAAGCGGAAUAGAAAAGUAUUUAGAACUUGAAAUGCCUGGUGCACAUAUACCGCACAUAUUCAUCGAGUAUUGCAAGAAAGCAGUGGACAGCGGGGACAUAGAAGUAGGCCCAAAGGAUUUCCAACCAGUUAUCAAGUUCAACAUAAAAAUUGGAAAUAUAGAUAUUUCGAAUCUGGAGUCGGUGAAAGCUGUAACAAACAAAUUAAAUCAAAAAUGUUUACAAGAAUUGAUUAAAAAUGAAAUGAAAAUAAAAAUAGACUUAAAGAAUUUAAGUGAAAAUGAGCACACUGCAGAGGAUAUUUGCUAUGAAAUUGAAAAUGAUAAUGAUAAUUUAAAUUGUAGUACAUGUAAUGAUAGUUUCAGAGUAGAUGAUUCUGGUCUUCCUGAAUCUCUUGACAUUUCAGAACUUCAGGAUACUGACACUUCUAUAAGUUCUAUCACUGAGAGUAAUUUGGAAACGCAGCCACCAUGUAACCAAUCCCAAGACUUGUUUUGAAUAUAAAAGUAUAUAGUGAAUUUUGCUUUUUUGAGAGAUAUUCAGAAUCCUCUGGUUUUGUUCACGUAGUGUCACUAACAGAUUUUCCCACUGACCCCUACUUUUCUUUCAUGGUAUCAGUACAUAUAUUUUGACAAGCCAUACCUGAAAAUGCUAUAAAAUCCUUUUUAUUUUUUCAUUACUUUUGAAAGAAAAAGGAUACCAAUGUAAAAUGUAUGAAAAGUCGAGAGGAAUUAUUUCCUGCCCAAUUUUCAAUGGCUUACAUCUAGCAAACAAACACAUGGACCUUCAUUUUUUUUUGCUGUUAGGUUACUUUAUAUAUCAUGUAUAUAAAUAGUAUCAAUGUAAAACAGUCUUUAAAAAAGAGAGUAAGGAACAUCCUUCAGAGUAUUAUACAUGUAUUUCCUUUCAAAAAAAAUAAAAUUUGCCUCAUAUAUAUGCACAAACUGCUACAUUUGAAGACGAAGGUAUGGAACAUUUUUUGUUGAUGUUAAAUAUAAAAAUUAGAUGGUUUUUAAAUGAUACCUCUACCACUGCACCAACAGAAAUUUUAUAUCCUGAUAUUGGUCAAUUGUUAGAUGAUUUGUAUCUGUCACUAGACCGUCAGUCAGUCCUACAGUUCAUUUGUGUCUAUUUUUUUCUUAAUAUAUUUAAAUAUUUAAAGUAGUUUUGAUUUGGAAGAAAACAAAAUGAGGUGGGAUGAAAUAAACUAGGGUUCUAGGUCCCAAUGUUAUGUUUAAAUAUUGCUUCAGGUUGGCAGAUCACUUUUUUUCAAAUUUUACAAAUUUAUUUUUAAUAAAAGAAUCAAGGUCUUUUUAGAUGGGAUUUUAUGUAACUCGAUCAUUAAACCAAAAAAGCUGUCAGUUCAAUAAGACCACAUUGGAGCCAUCUUCAAAUUUCUAAUGUUCUUAAUUGCAUUAUGGUUAUCCAGGAACUUUGUGUUUUGCAGAAAAAAAUGUAUCUUUAUUGUUAUGCUUUGUAUAUCAUGUAUAUGUGUAAAAUUAAAAUAUAUUUGUUUCUUA